AGAGAGGUUUUACUAGAAAAUGUCAAAAACCCUUUAUGAUACGACACGACAAAAACAUCAUUCCAAUUUUGUUGUGUGUGUGUGGUUUUUUUUUAUUAUUAUUCUUUUAAACGUUUUUCGCCAGUUUGAAAUUUAGGCAUUUUAGUGCAUAUUUGUGACUUUUGUGCAUCAUUGAAGGUUUCAUGUGCACCGCCGUAUGAAUACAUAUACGCGGAUGUCUCUCAAUUCUAUUCAGGUACUUAUAACAUGUGUAAAUGUUAAGUUCUGCUCAACCAGGGGAUAGAGGACGUGGACGGUUGCUUGCAUUCCCACUAGCGUCCAUGAACAGGCUCAAUCAAACCGAGCCUGCAACAUUUUCAUUUAUGUCGUGUUGAGCGACCUGUGGUUUUCCACUUCUUUUUUUUCAAAACUGGACUGAAGUCGUAAAAUGAGUAAAUUCACGUGAUGAAAUUGUUUGAAUUUAUUAAAAUUUUGAAAUUUUAUCAACACUAUCUUGCUUUGAAGGUAUGCUAGAUUUCAAAAACGUAAUUUCAGUAAUAAUUAGGCUAUUGGCAAAUUCACAAACGGCGUUGUUUUUUAAGUUUUCAGUUAUAUUUUUGUACAAACCGCAAUUUCCAAAAAGAAAAUCGUGCAACCGAUUGUAAAGAUGUCAAUUACCCAUUUAGUGAACGGUCACGAUUUUUAAACACAAUAUUUACUUUUUUAGUAACGAAUAACUUACUUCAUAAAGGUUUCAGACAUUAUCGUUCAUAAAACUUCAAAUUGUCAUGAUCAAACAGAAGUUUGGAUAUAGUUUAUAUGUAAAAAGUUACAUUUAAAACAUAAUUUCUGACAGCCUUUUUUAUGACAUACUUCGGUUAAACUGUAACUUGAUACAACGUACUCUUCACUUUUACAAAAGAGUCGUGCUUCUUUUUAUAUCUGAUAUUACAUUUCUCAAUUCAUUUCACUGGAAGGAUUUUUUUCUAUGUUAUUCGAUUUUUUUUUAUCAAUAAGCAUAGGUAAUAUUGAAUUGGACUGGAUUUGAAUUUAUUCAGUGUACGUAAAAAGCACAAAUUGAAUUACAUUUUGUAAAUACGCGUAAAUAUUUAUGCACCUUUUCUGUAUUUAAUACAAGGAAAUGUUGUAUAGAAACGAAAAGUUAAAAUGAUACAAACAUUCUUCGGAUAAUAUCUUAACAUCAACUGAUAAUAUAAAAAGGAUGGCAGACAGAAAGUCACGUGACAUUGCAAAAGAUUCUGCUAGCAAUGCAUCUAUUGAUUCUAUGGGAAAGGAGAAAAGUUUUCGGCGUCUUCUUACCAGGUUUGCAGACAAAACAUCGAUGGUAGGGGUAUGUUAUAUCAGCAAUGCUAAGUUUUGGUGGGCAAAAUUGAUAUGGAGCUUCAUGUUGCUGGUAGCCAUUGGGGUAAUGUCUUUGCAUCUUUGGUAUGUUGUGGAUCAGUACACGGACUGGCCAGUGCAGACAAAACUUUCACUGGGAUAUGAAACACUUAGAUUUCCAGAGGUUAUCAUAUGUAAUACAAAUGUAAUGCACAAAGGACGUUUUGACAGAUAUGAUGGGGCGUAUGAACUGAAGAAACUUAUCAGAGAUUUGCAACCAGAAAACCUCGUACCAGAUCAGUUCGAUGCAAACUACGACCCGUAUGCAACCAAACCGCCAACAGUAACUACUCCAACACCAUUACAAAACAGGCGCAAGCGUUUCGUCGAUCAGUAUGAGAAUUUUAACAAGUCCCAGUAUGAUAAAAAAGGAGUUCCAAAUCCUCGGGAUGUAAAAGAAAAGGACGAUGAUGAUUUCGAUGGGAAAGUAGAUGCACAGACAGAAAUAGACGAUCUCUUUACUGAACUGUAUAUGGAUAUUGAGAAAGAUCAAAGAUCAAGACUGGGGCAUAAUAUAACAGAUAUGUUGGUAAGCUGUACCUUUAACGGAAGAGAGUGUACUGCAGAUAUGUUUCAUCUCCACCAGACAUCAGACUAUGGGAAUUGUUGGUCAUUGAGGUCAGAAAAAUUCAACGUAAAAACAUCCGGCCCUUCGGGAGGUCUUUCCCUAGUGUUGUUUUUGGAAGUAACAGAGUAUUUGAAAGGGAUAACGACUGGCUAUGGAGCUAGAAUUCAAAUACACGAACAGCGCACACAUCCCUCUCCAGCUGAAGAAGGUCUCUUCAUUCCUGCAUCAAUGGAAACUGAUAUUGGACUAAGAAUGCUGACAAUAGAGAGACUUGGCGGCCUAUAUGGUAAUUGCGACAAUGGGGAUGCGUUUAUGAAAGACUACAGUUUGAAAUAUUCAAGGAGGGCUUGUCAGCAAUUCUGCAAGAUUUCCGAAAUAAUGGAGAUAUGCAAAUGUUUCGACCAAAAAUCAGAAGAAUUUGCAAGAAUGAAAGACAAUAAGCUUAGACCUUGUAGAUCCCAACCUGAGAUUGAGUGUAUGGUUAAAAUAGUAAAACAGUUUGAAGCUCAGUCACUUUCUUGUACAUGCGAAAACCCUUGCAGUGAAAUACAUUACACGAAAAGUGUUAGUCAGAGACAAUGGCCAGCAGAUGAUUAUGCGAUGGUGUUACUACAAGGAGUUUGUGAGAAAGAUAAGGCUGUGUGUUUAUCUUUGAGAGGUGAUAUUAGCGACAUAAGCAAAAUCAGUAACAAUUUCUUGAAGCUGAAUAUUUACUACGAAGAUCUGAAUUAUGAAAAUAUUACGGAAGUCCCAGAAAUAGAGCUUCAACAGUUUUUAUCUGAUGUGGGUGGUGCAAUUGGUCUAUGGAUAGGUUUGUCCAUUCUGAGCCUUUGUGAGUUAGUGCAAUUGUUCGUUGAGCUAUGUGACUAUGGUAUCCAUAAAACUGUGAAGGAAAGAAGGCAGAAGAAAAAGAAACGGAGAAAAGAACGCAAAACUCCUGGUAAUGGAAAUGACCAAAGCUUUGAAAAUAAAAAUGAAAGUCUUUGGCCAAAUAUGAACUUUGGAUAUGGACAUAAAAGCGGACGGAGUGAUAUGCGUUCUUUCACGCCUUCACGCAGUGGUCAUGAUAGAUAUUCGGCUGAUUCUCAACCUGGAGGUGACACAAUGUAUGAUAGACCGUACAAAGACGAUUUUAAUAAUCAGUCUCUACGCUGGUAGGUCGUGCGGUUUGCUUUUACUCGGAAUUUCCGUUCCGCCAAAAACUAAGCAAACGAAAUUGUGAUGUUUAAUUCAAGAACUCUACGUCGCAUUGCAUUUGCAUUUUAUUCCCGUCAAAUAUAUGUUGUCAUACGUUUUUGAAAAAAUAAAGUCUUACUAGUUUAUAUUAACAUA